ACUACAUCCUUUGAUUUGAUUUACUGAUUCCGCGUCAGUUUUUUCAUCUAAUCUAAUGUCGUCCUCGUCCCGCCGGAAGAAAGAGCACGCCCCCGGAGGAGCCGGAAAAGUUUCCGCCGAAGACAAAGUCGCCCCAAUAUCGACGAUGUCGAAAUCGGCGGGUAAGGAGAAUAGCAGGCCCACAACCCGUCGUGCGGCCGCUCAGAAGCGCAGCAACUUGAAUCCAAUUUCCCAGAUCGACGAACUCCAAUCGGCGGCCAUGGAGGACCCGCGUGUCAAUAAGGGCGCUUCGUCGGCGCCCAGAGGUAGGAAAUCUGCCCCCCUUCCAUUUAGUACAAAGUUACCAGAUACAAGAAGAAGUUCUAGGGUUUUGGCGCGCCAGCCUCAGAUAAAAGCAAAUAAUUCGAAUGAGAGAACGAAUAAAAGGUGUAAUCUUGAGAGGAUGGGUUCAGAAGAUCUGGAAAUCGAGGAUGGAGAAAAAUUGAGUGAAUUCCAGGGUGUCUCUCAAGAGAAUAAGGAAAUCGAAACACAAGAGGGUGAAAUUGAUGGAAACGGCACUGAAAUUGGAGAAGUAAAGGUUACACAAGAUUUGGUGAACUAUCCAGAGAAUGCAAAAAAGAAGAUUAGGAUUGGGAGUUUUGAUGCUGAGAAAACGAAUGGGAAUUUGAGCACAAUUACGUUGAAAAGCAAAGGUUCUGAGGGAAUGAAGUUGAGGUCUACUGGAGUUGGAGCCGAGGGCGAAUCUAGUUUAAGACAUUCGAAAUCCGAAAGCAGGGAUACUGCAAAGCUUCAUCAAAAGCUUGCUUUUUUAGAUGAAAAGGUUAAGCGCAUUGCAUCGUGUAUAAAGGAGACAAAAGAUAUGUUGGACAUGGAAAGCAUGGAACAUUCUGAGGCGAUACUUUCAGAUGUUCGUCAUAGAGUUACAGGGAUUGAGAAGGCCAUUGGUGCGUUCAGCGAUGAUGGUGACACUGUAAUGGGGACUGCAAAAAGUGAUGAGAAUGAUGAUAUGGAGAAAUUCGAUGAUAAUAAGAGUUUGGUUAAGAAUACUGAGGAAGCAGGAGGGCUAUUAUCUGGUGAUUUGAUGAACAUGGACAAGAGAAGAGUGAUUUCUUCAAAUGUUGCUGCAGUCCCUGAUGCCGAUGUUUGUGAAAUUCUUGAAGCGGAUAAUAGUAGGACUAUGCUUGGAGAAAAAGAUGAUUUAUAUGCUUUUCUGACUGCCGAUGAAAAGCUCAGUGAUUUCAAUGAUGAAGAUGACGUGCUGGAACCGGAGGAGGAGGAGGAGGAGGAGGAGUUUGAAGAGAAUCCUACGUAUCAAUUGAAUGAUAUUGGUCUCAAGCCUUCAACUGCAGGUUGGUUUGUAUCUGAAGGAGAGUCUGUUGUUCUUGCUCACGACGAUGGAUCUUGUUCAUUCUAUGACAUUGUUAACUGUGAGGUGAAGGCUGAGUAUAAGCCUCCUCUGGGAGUCUCGUCAAGUACGUGGAGAGAUUGUUGGGUAAUCCAUGCCCCGGGUGGGGAUGGAUGUGCGGGGAAACAUGUGGUGGUAGCAUCUGCUGGAAAUGCGGUGGAUCCCGGGUUCUGCUCGUGGGAUUUCUACACGAAAGAUGUUAACUGUUUCCAUAUUGACGAUGGAAUCUCAACCCCUUCAAGAACAGCUCUUGCUCCUUUGUCGAACGACCCAAUUUACCGAACAACUCCUCCAUCUGCUGAAAACCAUCAAUGGUGGUACAAACCUUGCGGGCCGCUUAUUGCAUCCGCAGCUAGUUGGCAAAAGACGGCGCAAAUUUAUGAUAUUCGCGAUGGCGAGCGGUUAGUAAAAUGGGAGCUGUCGAAACCUGUGGUGCCUAUGGAUUAUUCGAGCCCUUUGCACUGGAAAAGCAAUGGAAAGGUAGCGACAGCGGGGUCGGAUGGCAUCUCUCUCUGGGAUGUUUGUUCUCCGACGUCUCUUGCGUUGCAGACUGUUUCUUCUUCUGGUCAGAAAAUUUCGGCUCUCCACAUUAACAACUCCGACUCCGGAUAUGGAGGAGGAGUUCGGAGGCGCAUUAGCGCAGCGGAAGCAGAAGGGAACGACGGGGUAUUCUGCACGCCUAAUUCGAUUGUGGUACUGGAUUUCAGACAAUCAUCGGGCGUAGGUCUUAGGAUAGCGAAACCGAGACAGAGCGUGCAAUCCGUUAUGUCUUAUGGGGAUUCUGUAUACGUCGGAUGCAGUUCGAGCACGGCGGGGAAGCAUGAAAUCCAAGUUUACUCGGUGCGGAAACAUAAGCUUGUAAGCACAUACCAAUUGCCGGAAACAAAUGCUCACGACAGCUUCUCGGCAUUGACACAAGUUUGGGGGAAUUCGAGCGUCGUGAUGGGCGCUUGUGGACUCGGUUUGUUCGUUUUCGACGCUUUAAAGGAUGAGAAAGCGAAGGAAGUGAUGGGAGGGGAUGACAUGUACUGCCCUUCCUUCGACUACGCGGGCUCCCGAGUUCUGCUGGUGUCCAGAGAUCAUCGCCCGGCUUGCUGGAGGUACUUGUUUGUUUGAAGCUUGGAUUGUUAGAUAGAUGAAUAGAUAUUAGUUUUUGUGGCUGUCUAAAACCCGAUUAAUUUUGCAGUAUUGUACAUACAGGCACGCGGGCUAUGAGUGACUGUGUUUGUUUGUUUGAUUGCUGUUGUGAAUGCAUUUGA